AUGGACAAAAUCCGUAACCGGCCUUGCCCAGCAGAAAUUCAGACGUACGUCGGUAACCUCACAUCAUCCUACACUAACAAGAGCAAUGAGCCCAGUAUGGUGGCCGCCUCUGUCAUCAUGUUUGUCCUCGCCGGACUAUUCUUCAACCUCAACCUCUUCAGCGGCAUCUCCGAUGUCAGCGCCACACUCGACCCCAAAGUCCGCCUGUUCCUCACCUCGGCGCUCUCCCUCUUCCUCCCUGUCAUGUCCUACCUCUUAUCCGAGGCGAAGAAUGCUGCGUACACGACGAUGAGCUCCUCCUCCACCACUGCGAGCGCUGUCACUGACCUCUCGCUGAGGGCGGGGCUGAUCCUGGCAUGGAUGCUCCUGGUGGAGCUCCUCCGCAAGAAGGUGGACGAGAUCCGCAUGCGCGGGUUCUCGGGCACCAUCCAGCGCGCCGGCCGUGUCAUCUGGCUGGGAAGCCUCGUCUUCUUCAACAUCAAGAGCGCCGGACGCAAGGCAGUGUUCAGCAUCCUCUGGAUCCUCUGCGCCACCAAGGUGUUGCAGAGGAUCGCCUUCACCGAGAUUGGGAAGCGCUCGUACGCCCACGGCAAGAACGCCCGGCUCAUCAGCUCCUACAUGUCCCAGAUCCUAGAACAAGAGCCUCCUCACCAUCAACAAGAAGCUGCCCAGGUCCAUACCCACGGUGGGAACGGGAACGGGAACGAGCUGUUGAGGACGUGCAAGUACAUUGUUAUGGGAGAGGAGAAGCUGGUGGAUAUUGAGCCCACAGCAGAUGGAUACAAGCUGGAAAAGACGAACUCCGACCCCCCAGGCUACCACAGCAUCACCAAGCUGCUCGCAGAAAAUGACAGCAUCGUCACCGUUGGUAAAAUCUGGGAGCUCGACGACAAGGACAAGUUCUUCGCCUCCCAAGAGCAGAUCCAACGCUUGAAGAGGAUCUGCCUCUCCUUUGCUCUCUUCAAGCUGCUGCGCCGAAGGUUCGAGCACCUGCCGGUGGUGGCCAAAGAAGAAACGGACAACUCCCACCGCCUCAUCCUAAGAGGCCUCUACGGCGAGACCCGCUCAGCGGAAGCAGUCUUCCAGGUCAUGCAUGACGAGAUCAACUUCCUGAGCGAGUACUACCACUCUGUUGUCCCGGUCGUCCUCGCAAGCCCCUUCUUCCUCUUCGUAAACUACUUCCUCCUCAACAUAAUCGUGGCCAUCUUGUGCUUCAUGACUGUCAUCCUCUGCGGCAACGGCGAUAUUGGGUACGCGUUCCACAGCAUCGGCGAAGAUAACUACACCUUACAGUCUGGUGUCCCCAACAUAGUCCUAUGCCUUGUGUUCAGAGCCACCAAAUCGCCUCAAGCCUUCUUCUCCAUAGUCGACCUCUCUAUUACCGUCCUUCUGUUCGUCAUCUUCUUCUACGAGGAGGUAUGGGAGUUCCUCGUCUUCUUGCUCUCCAACUGGUUCGUGGUGUCUCUGCUCUACAACUACACCGCCAAACCGCGGUGGCUUAGGAAAGCCACCCUCCGUGGGGCCUUCUUCUGGGGAGGAUUCAGCAUCAUCAUGUGGCUGCGGAGCAAGAUGGCCCACCCCAGGGUUACCUUCAGGCAGUUCUCUGUCUUGAACAUUCGUUGGCCCCUCAAGUUGCCUCUGUUUGCAACAUUCACCAGUCUGGUAGUAAAGAAAGAGGUGGUGCCUAACAGUGUGAAGAAAUCCAUCAUGGACUACCUAGCGGAGCUGGAGCAUCACCGUGGUGGUAGUGCAAGUCACUAUGCCCUUGACUGUGGCAGGUCGGCACUACGGAGGAACGGCCUCUCUGAUCAGCUCUGGUGGGCAUGCAAGAGCGACAGUGUCUCCGAGGUCAUCCUCACAUGGCACAUCGCCACCAGCAUCAUGGAGGUAGAGCGCCGCCCGGCGGCGGCGAGCACGAUGGAAGCUACCUCGAGUAGGGUGGCGAUUAAGCUGUCCAAGUACUGCGCUUACUUGGUGGCCUUCCACCCGGAGCUACUGCCGGAGAACCCGGAGAAGGUGGAGCUCGUCUUUGAGAAGAUGAAGGAGGAGCUGAAGGACAUAAUUGGCUGCCGGGAGUACUACCUCUCGCUGCUGCGCACACGGGUCCACAGUAUCAUCAAGCCGCAGAGCCGACGGAACGAAGCGGUAGGCCCGAGUGAUCAAAGCAGCAAAGUUGUACGAGACGGCAUAGAGCUAGCAAGGUCGCUAAUGGGAAUGGGAGAAGCUACUAACAGUAACAGGUGGAAGGUGUUGGCGGAUGUGUGGACGGAGCUCAUCGUCUACGUGGCGCCAUCGAGCGAUGAGGAGCGCGUCAAGGGACAUGAGGACGUCCUGGUGCAAGGAGGCGAGUUCAUCACCGUGCUCUGGGCGCUCACCACCCACAUCGGCGUAUCUAGGCCGCCGACCAACAAACUGGCAACAGCUGUUGUUCAUCUCGACGCUUAG